AAGCUCAUAUAUAAAAAGGCCCCCACACUCACUAAUCUCCACUGCUUAACAAAAAAAUCAAAGAGAGAGAAAGCAAUACCAGAGUAGUUACCAGCUAGAGAGAGAAAGGGGAAUAAGGGAGGAGAGAAGAGAAUAUCAAUGGCGUCACCGUCUUCUCGACCGGUGAUCGUUGCCGUUUGCACGAUCAUCAUCGUGAUUAUGGCCGGAGAGUCUUUCGGACGGGAGCUGAGGCCGUCGGAACACGGAUUGGAGUACCAGGAUUCGCCGCCGCCGGGGAAGAAAUCGCCGGAUAUGGUGACGUUCUUCGAAGGAGGAUCGGGUGGCGGUUCGAGGCCGUCUUCGUCGUCGUCAUCGGCGUCUUCCGAUGUUGCAUUGCCGAAGGCUAUGAACUCGAACGACACGUCGUGGUGGAGCAACGGCGGGAUCCGAGGUGGCCGCGGUGGUGGUAGCGGCGGAGGAGAUCACGUGAGGCACGUGCUUGUGUUGGCGAGCGUGGUGUGUGGGAUUACAGGUGUGGUACUGUUAGUGGCAUCGGGUUUCAUCUUUCUUUGUAGGUUCAAAAAGCGAAAAUCUUCGUCUCCUUCGUCAACGUCACCACCACAACCCUCAUCAUGCCCCAAUAAUAGCAAGUAGUCAUGCUUCUUCACUGAAUUUCUCACACUUUUAUCUUCUUUUUUUUUUUAAUUUUUUAUUAUUUUAGUUCAUUUUUAUUUUAGGUAUGAUACAAGUGAAAAUGAGUGUAUAAUGCAAACUUUUUUUAUUGUUAAAAAUUAAAGUAUGGAUUAGGUUACUCAUUCUAUGAUACUGAAGGAUAUUAUUAUUUA